UUGAAUCAGGCAACAGAACCAUCAGCAGGCAGCAUGCCCAUCCGAGAGGAGCUGAGGAGUCGCAGGUUCUGGCGUUCAGUCUUAGCAGAGCUGCUCGGUUCACUGAUCUUGGUUUCAGUUAUCCUGGGAGCCUCUGCCCCUGGGCAGGAAGGUGGAGCUUCGGACCUGAUGCAGGUGGCUGUGGCUGCUGGCUUUUCGGCACUCAGCCUGAUCCACUGCUUUGGAGAAAUCAGUGGGGCGCAGAUGAACCCAGCUGUCACCCUCGCUUUCCUGUGCACCAGGAAGCUGGACUUCCUCCAGUUUGUGUUCUACCUUCUGGCGCAGUGCCUCGGCGCAGUGAUUGGAUCAGGGAUCAUCUACAUGUCACUCCCGGCCAAGUCAACAUCAAGACUUUUAGUCAACAUGAUCAACAAAGAUGGAAAUGCAGGCCAAGCACUGGUGAUGGAGAUUUUUGCCACAUUCCAGCUGGUUUUCACAAUAUUUGCUGUGGAUGAUCAUCGACGCAGGGAAGUGGGAGAGCCUGGAAAUUUGGCAAUAGCCUUCAGCCUGACGACUGGAAUCCUGGCAUCGGGAAAGUUCUCAGGAGGCAGCCUGAAUCCUGCGAGAUCACUUGGACCAGCAGUAAUCACUGGAAUCUGGGAGCAUCACUGGGUGUACUGGAUUGGCCCCAUUCUUGGUGCUGUUCUCGGUGGUAUUUCUUACGAGUUCUGUUUUGCCUCCAGUGCCUCCCAAGAGAAGCUCAUUGCCUGUAUCACCUGCAAAGAUAUUGAGAUUGUGGAAACGGCCAGUGUGUCACGUUCAUCAUUGCUGACGGUCACCCAGUCCGCAAUGCGAGUGAAACCAACUGCAAAAGUGCAGGACCACAGUUAA